CCAUGUGGUAUUUUUGUAUACUCAAAAUUACAACUUUCCUCAUUCUCUCUUCAUCUGACUCCGUGGUCGUUUCGUCUUCGAUUGACUAGGGUUCUCUCUACGCGUCUAUCUAGGACUUCGCUCGCUUCCCCUACUUCUCUUCGAUUCAUACCUCUCUUCAUUCAAUUCUACUUUCCUGAUUACACUUCCAGGUUCGGAUUCAAUUUAUUCAAUCUCUCCUAGCUCAAUUUUUACUACGCGCCAUCGAUUUCAAGGCUAUAUUUCUCAUCCUCGAAUCGCUCUUCGAUUUUUCCUUUUCAAUACCCGGAUUCGUUGAUAAUUUGACGAGUCUUUUGUUGGGGUUUACUUCUUUUCUUGUUCACUUCGCGAUUCCAGUCGCGAUCUGAAUUUUCUUUUGAUUUAGGGUUUCGAUUCAGCAUUUUUUUUCUCGGUGAUUUCCGGAGAUUCUUAUUGUAAAAAAAUUGGGGAUUUAGGGUUUUAUUUGGGGAUUAUUGGGUCGGGUUUGGUCUUUCGAUGGCAGCGGGGAGAAUGGGGGGUUAUCGAGACUAUGAUAUGAAGGACCGCGAUUCCAGUUUUGAUGUAACUGCGAAAGAAGGAUAUGAACGGGGGCGGGGCGGUAACCGCGAAAGCAAUAAGAGUCGAGGUCGGGAUGUUAGAGACAGAAUUAGGGUCCGGCAAAAGGAUAUCAAGGAGAGGGAAGUGGGUAAUGGUAGUUUACGAUCUUCGAGUAAAAGUGAUUCUGGAAGCAGUGGUGGUAUUGCUUCUCACGGAUUGAAGCAAAAGGUUUUGGUUGUGAGGACAAUGGAUAGGGAGCCGGGUGAGCUAUCCAGUGAGAGUGGAUCUGAUGAUGCCACCGACUCCGGAUUACGAUCUAAAAAUAGUGAGUCGGCUAAGGUGGUGGAGAAUGGUAUUCGUUCUCCACCAGAGAAGAAGAGGAAGUUUUCACCAAUUGUUUGGGACAGAGACGAUAAGGAAGAGACUACUUCCACAAGAAAUAAGGUUGCCAAGGCUGCGACAGCUUCAUCUGUACCGUCACCAAAGGGGCAGAAGCAAUCUCCUAAUGCAAUUUUGGAUACUCUUGAUGACAUGCAUACGGCAGAUGGUAGAAGUAAGGAUCCCGAGUACUUGCAACCUCCCUCUCUUGUUGAAUCUUCUGCUAGGGACCUUGGAUCAGAUGAAUUCUCCGCAAAUGGUUCACCAAGGAUGCCAUCUUCUGCUUCACUUAGGAAACCAUGGGAGAAUGAUCUUGAAGCUGAAAAUUUUGGGGACGAUGAUUAUGCUCCCACAAGAAACAUUUCAUCCUCUAGAUGGGCUGCUGGUAACAACACUCCUGGUGAUGAAGGUGAAAUUUUAGACGAGGAAAUGCCCAAAAGGCGGAAGACAACGCCAAUUUCUGAGUCCUUGGAGGGCAGCAAAGUACAAAGAAAAUCAUUAACUCCAGAAAUUGGGGAGGUAAAGAGACAAGGCUCUGAAGCAGGGACAAGGUCAUCUGAAUCGACGGAACGUGGUGAGCGGUCACGAUCAUCUAGUGCAAACCAUUACCUCGGUGAUUCUGAGAAGGAUGAAGGCAUGGAUCUUGGUGAUGAAAUUCGUAGAAUGGAUACUAGCAGUAGCCGGUCGGAUACUGAUUCCGAGGAUGAGACAGAAUCUCCCGAGGAAGCGGAGCCUAGUGGCCAUCCUCCCCAACGAAGUGUAAAUAUGCUUCAGGGCUGUAGAAGUGUUGAUGAAUUUGAAAGAUUGAACAAGAUUGAUGAAGGAACUUACGGUGUUGUAUAUAGAGCCAGAGACAAGAAAUCAGGGGAAGUUGUUGCCUUGAAGAAGGUAAAAAUGGAAAAGGAACGAGAAGGUUUUCCCAUGACUUCUUUGAGAGAAAUAAACAUUCUUCUGUCUUUUCACCACCCUUCAAUUGUCGAUGUAAAGGAAGUAGUGGUGGGCAGUAGUCUUGAUAGCAUUUUUAUGGUAAUGGAGUACAUGGAGCACGAUCUAAAAGCACUCAUGGAGACAAUGAAACAGCCAUUUAGUCAAAGUGAAGUCAAAUGCCUGAUGCUUCAGUUACUGGAGGGUGUUAAAUACCUUCACGAUAAUUGGGUGCUCCAUAGGGAUUUAAAAACAUCAAAUUUACUUAUGAAUAACCAGGGAGAGUUGAAGAUCUGUGAUUUUGGUCUAGCUCGUCAAUAUGGGAGCCCCUUGAAAACGUAUACACAUAUGGUUGUUACUCUUUGGUACAGGGCACCUGAACUUCUAUUGGGAACAAGAAAGUAUUCGACAGCUAUUGACAUGUGGUCAUUGGGUUGUAUUAUGGCUGAAUUAUUGUCAAAGCAACCACUGUUUAAUGGAAAAACUGAAGUUGAUCAACUUGACAAGAUAUUCCGAACUCUAGGCACGCCUAAUGAAACAAUUUGGCCUGGGUUUUCCAAGCUUCCAGGAGUAAGGGUCAACUUUGUUAAGCACCAGCUUCCAGCUAUGGGUGAUCUGGUACAACUUAUUGCGUAAGAAAUUCCCAGCAACAUCAUUUACCGGUUCGCCAGUUCUUUCUGAUUCAGGAUUUGAUUUGUUGAACAAACUUCUAACUUAUGAUCCUGAGAAGAGAAUUACAGCUGAGGCCGCUCUUAAUCAUGAAUGGUUCUCAGAAGUUCCUCUUCCAAAGUCAAAAGAGUUCAUGCCUACUUUUCCUGCUCAGCAUGCUCAGGACAGGCGUUUACGGAGAGUAAUGAAGAGUCCAGACCCCUUAGAGGAGCAACGCAGAAAGGAGUUGCAGCAAGGGGAAUUGGGAACAUCUGGCUUGUUUGGCUAAGAGAAUGUACUGGUAAUUUGGCCAAGGCUGCCUUGAAGUUAUUUUCGUAAUAACUCUGACUAUUGGACCUGAUUGAGGUGAGGGAAGAAGGCUGUGAAUCUUGUUUUGACAGAUGAUUGCUAGUGCUAUUUUAGCGGGCAUUCACGGUUAUUUGGUUCAAGAUAUGUAUCUUUCGUUUUUUUUUUUUGAUUCUGUCAAGAAAGUCUAUUGCAGCUUGACGUCAAUUCUUCUCCUCUGGUCAUCAUAUAGAAAAUGCUUCACUGACACGGCUUGCAUGGCAAGGUGUGGAACAUUGUUGUUUUCUUGCAAAAAAAUCAGAUUCAGCAGAAACUAAUUGUGUAACAUAUUCCUAUUGAUAACUAGGCUGUUGGCCAUAAAUUUUAUUUAUAAUAUUAGAUUACCAUGGAUUUACUGCCUACAUAGUUCCAAUAUAUCUCCUUUUAAUAUUUGAAUUGUGUUUGCAAGAGAUGGUUGGUGGGAAGGGAAGGGCGGUCUUUGCUUCUCGUUGGUGAAGAAUUUGACAGUUACGUUAGUUUUUCAAAGUAUCAAAGCUAGCAGGUUGAGGAGCUUACCUGCAUUGCCUCUGGAAGGUAUUAACUUAGUUCUUGAAUCGCACACUUGAGGUACUAUAUGCAAACUUUGUUUCUGUUUGCAUUUCUUUGAAGUUCCUAAGUAUUUGCUCAACAGCUUUCUUCUUUGAAGUGCUGUUAGGAAUAGGUUAUUUUUCUCUGUUAUACAGAAAAAUAUGGUUAACCAGACUUUAAGCUGACUGUUAUAAGUGUGCUCUCAAGCUUGGCGGAGAUCGAGUGAGAAUCCUUAACCCUUAGCUGUUAGUGUUCUAUACAAUUGGUCUAUUUCUUUGAAAAUGUAUUUUGUGUUCGUUCAAACUAAAGAUUGAUGGAUAUGUAACAAGCAUGUUAACUAUAAUCUUCUAACUUAACAUGGUUCGCAUCCAUGAUGCGGUUUGUAGAAUUAUGGUCAGUGCAUCAGUAUUGUAAUUUGCCAUGGUUGUCUGCAUUAACUACGUUGGUUUUGUCAACAGUUCAAAUCAUUACAUUGUGUUGGAUGUCAUGGAUUGAAAAGUAGAUUUGGACUUCCGGAACCUCAUGGGGUUUUGGCUUUACAGAUCUCUCCCUGGUGUCUAGUGAAUAAAAAUUGCUUGCUAUGGUAAAUUGAUCGUUGUUUGUUUUCUUAGUGCUAAUAUAUUAUUAGCGAAAUUCUGCCUAUAUCUAAUUUUGAGUGUUGAAGGGGUUUCUUUCUUGUUUCUUUUAUCCAAUCUGACAAGUUAUUAUUGCUGCAAGUUCUCUAUUCUAUAUUUUCCCUUUCCAAGUUCUAACGCGCUUCGGUUCGCCAUAAAGUCCAACACGAAGGCGGCGUUUGGUCUUGUUCUUGGUGAAUAAUCCGUAGAACCAAUCUCAAAACCAUGUAUCUGGCUUAAAAAAUGCACUCCCAUUCACAAUGGAGGAGGUUUUCUGAACGCUGGAUUUUAUGGUAUCUUAUAUGAUUCUCAUUACUAUACAUCCUAAUUAGAUCAGUAUAUUAUCCUAAUUAGAUCAUUAUAUUCGAUGUACUUAUAAGUUCAUGAGUAACACUAAUUUGGUAAUGCAAAUGCUAUUGUUCUUUUAGCACCA